AUGACAAAUCAAAUGCAGGCAUCAAAUGGAUGGCUAGACCGGUUCAAGAAAAGACACGAGUUGCUAUUUAAAACUAUAAGUGGAGAAAAGAAUUCAUCUGACCUUUCUACGGUUUCCAAUUUUUUUGCUGAUUAUGACAACUGUUUGGAAACUGUAGGAAGUGAAAAUAUUUUUAACUGUGAUGAAACAGCUUUAUACAUAAAGCGAACGCCGUCGAAAUCUUUUGUUCAAUUUAAUGACAAAUGCAAUGGAAUUAAAAUGAGCAAAGAGAAAGUUACCCUUCUCCUUUGUUGUAAUGCACUUGGUGAAAAGUUAAAACCUCUAUUAAUUGGAAAAUUCAAAUCUCCUAGGUGUUUAAAAAAUUUUAACGCUGAGGAUCACGGAGUACUAUAUGCUGCAUCAAAAAAUUCGUGGAUGACUAGUGAUAUUUUUGGGAAAUGGUUAUGGAAAGUAAAUCAAGAUAUGAUCAAUGAAAAGAGAAAAAUUGUCUUAAUACUGGAUAAUGCGAGCUGUCACAGAAAUACAGAAUAUUCCAAUGUUUAUUUACUUUUUCUUCCCAAAAAUACGACCGCUUUAAUUCAACCCCUAGAUAUGGGAAUAAUAAAAUCCUUCAAGUCCCUCUAUUUCAAUAAACUGAUUGAUUUUACUCUUAUAUUUGAAAAAGAACAGCUUUCUGAUUUGAAUUUGAAUAAUGUCAAUCUUAGACAAGUCAUUACAGUUGUCGGGGAGGCAUGGAAAAUGAUGUCAGAGACAACGAUAAUUAAUUGCUGGCAGAAAAUAAAUGAAAACAGAUCAAAAAUUUCGGAUAAUGUACAGUUGGACGAAGAAUUAAUAGAUGACGUGAUUUCAGAUGUUAUUUCAAUGGAUUCGACAGAUAUUAUUGAGGACAAAAUUACUUAUGAUGGAUAUGAAUCUAAAAAAUCAUCAAUUAAAGAAAUCAUAAACAUCGUGAAUUCUCUAGAAGAUAAUAUUUUCAGUACAUGUCCACAAUUUUUGAAAAUCUACUACGAAUUUAGAAAAAACCUAUCAGGAGAACUGAAAAAAACCAAUUCGAUCCUCAAUAUCCUAAUAAACCACUUUGUCUUUAAUGUUGUACGAUCUUUUCGAAUGAGCGAUUCCCAAUGGUUACCUCGUGCUGAGCUCAUAUUCAAAAACCGUAAGAAUCACACUAUUGGAGAAAAAUUGAUAUUACCCGCCUGCAAAAUUAUUGUUAGUAUAAUUCUUGAAGAGGAAGCAACCAAACAGAUUGAAACAGAUUGA